AUGGCCCCCAAGGCGGAGAAGAAGCCGGCGGCGAAGAAGCCCGUGGAGGAGGAGCCGGCGACGGAGAAGGCCGAGAAGGCGCCUGCCGCGAAGAAGCCCAAGGCCGGGAAGAGCCUCCCGGCGGGGAAGACCGCCGCCAAGGAGGGCGGCGAGAAGAGGGGCCGCAAGAAGGGCAAGAAGAGCGUCGAGACCUACAAGAUCUACAUCUUCAAGGUGCUCAAGCAGGUCCACCCCGACAUCGGCAUCUCCUCCAAGGCCAUGUCCAUCAUGAACUCCUUCAUCAAUGAUAUCUUUGAGAAGCUUGCCGGCGAGGCCGCGAAGCUCGCCCGCUACAACAAGAAGCCCACCAUCACCUCCAGGGAGAUCCAGACCUCCGUCCGCCUUGUCCUCCCCGGCGAGCUCGCCAAGCACGCCGUCUCUGAGGGCACCAAGGCCGUCACCAAGUUCACCUCCUCUUAGAUCUC